AUGGAAAGGAAUUGUACGGUGUGUGGUGGGAAUGGGCAUAAUCAAAGAACGUGCAGUGAGAAAGGCAAAAGUAUUAAAUUAUUUGGUGUUGAGAUUACUGCUACUGCUGGUGGUGCAAUGUCUAAAAAAGAUAGCACGGAGAGAAGAAUCAAGAAAGGAAAUCCAUGGACGGAGGAUGAACAGAUAGCAUUCUUGAAGGGAUUGGAUUUUCACGGGAAAGGUAAUUGGGCUAAGAUUGCUAAGGAUUUCGUGCGUAGUAGAACAUCAACACAGGUUGCUAGUCAUGCUCAAAAAUACUUCAUGAGAUUAUUGGAUGCUAAUAAGAGAAAAUAUCGCAAGAAAUCAAGUGUUUUCGACCUUCGUCUUGAUCAAUUAGAGGAUACACAUGAUGCUAUUGUUCCACUAGGAAAUAAUCAAGAAAGUCAUAACGUGCCAAGUGUUGUUCCAAAUUAUUACAUGAUGAAAAGAGUUUUGCCUCUUAAUUGGGUUUACAUGUAUCCAUAUUAUCAUCAUGAUAAUGCCUCAACAUCAGCUAGUGCUACUACAUUCAACAAGCCACUUUCUGGGAUUUCUUCUUCUUCUAAUUCUUCUUGUAAGGAAAAUAAUUUAGAGUUAACCUUAUAG